GCAGGCCUAAUGUGUCUUUUUUACUAUAAAAUAUAACCAUUUGACUUGUCCAUUGCUACGCGUAGUGCUAAUUAUUGUGAUACAAUUUAUACAUUGACUGGUUGGACGUAGCUGUAAAAUCCUUCAAAGUUGCGUUACAGCUAGCAAAGGACACAAUAACUAAUACAGCUCGGAGGUCACCAGGUCAUCUGAAAUCAGCACAACUGUUAACAUCUCUAAAAUGGACGGUGAGGAUGAUCUGAACAUAUUGAUGGCGUUGCUGGCUGAGAGCGAGGGCAUUGGAGACGACCAGGACAGUCAGCAGCCGGCAGAUGACUUGGACGGCCUGUUUGACAACGAUAAUGAAGAGGAGGAAGAGUACAAAGAUGGCGUUGAAGAGGAAGGGCAAGAUGUGGGGACAGAAGGCACCGUGUUGGAUCUCUUUGGAGAUGUGGAUGACAUUGAAAAUGAAGAGAAAGACACUAAGGGGAAAGAAAGUGGAGGAAAAACGUGCGAGAGCCUGGAUAGGUCCAAGGAGGAUUUACAAGACGAGCUAAGGCGCAUGCAGGAGCAGAUGCAGCGGUUGCAGCAGCAGCUGGAAGCAAGCCAGAAGGUUUCCACCCCAUCUUCCACUCCAGUCAUAUCUGCAGGGAGCUCGGCUGGUCCCAAACCGAUGACCCCCAAACCAACACCCCCUCGACAUUCGACCUCCAAACUGUCGCAGGCCAAAUCAGCCGCACAGAAGACCAAGACACAAGCCGCGAUGCCUUCAUCCACUCCAGUCAGAGGAGGAAGUGUGAAGCUCCAGGAGUCUUCUGACUUUUUUGAUCAGCUCAACAAUGCUGACUCCUUCAAGCGCAAACCCAGGGUAGCUCACCACCCCAAACCCAGCACAUCACCAGAAGACAGAGGGCCACUGGUGGAGAUAAAGAUCGGCAGCUCCUUCCAGCCUGUAGAGAGCACCAGCAAGGUCACCAAUCCUCUGCGCUCACCUACAUCCUCCCAGGCCAAACCUGCAUCAGCUGGACAGCCAAAACCAUCUUCUCUCCCUCCUCUUCCUAAAGAUGUGGCUGUUGAGAAAUACUCAGGACUGCGCCUCAGAAAACCCAGAGUUUCCUCCUGCGACAUGGACCACAAGAUGGCCAACCGCCGCCUGAUCCGUCUGUCGGAGCUGCCGGAGCGUUUGGCUCGGGAGAAGCUGGAGGACAGCGACUGGGUGACCUUUGCUGUGCUGGUCAACAAGGCCACACAACAAAGCAACAGCAGUGGCAAAACCUUCAGCAUCUGGAAGCUGAACGACCUCCAUAACCUGGAAGUGUUUGUGUCUCUGCUCCUGUUUGGCGAAGUCCAUAAAGAGCACUGGAAGACGGAGCCGGGCACCGUCAUCGGCCUCCUCAACCCAAACCCCAUGAAGCAGAAGGACGGAUAUGAUGGGGUGAGCCUGACGGUGGAUCACCCACAAAAGGUGUUGCUGAUGGGUGAAGCUCAGGAUUACGGCACCUGUAUAGCAAUGAAAAAGAACGGAGACCCCUGCUCUCAGAUCGUCAACAUGUAUGAGUGCCAGUACUGCCAGUAUCACGUUAAGGCUCAGUAUAAGAAGAUGAGCUCGAAGAGGGCCGAACUGCAGUCGUCGUUUUCUGGAAAAGCUCCCAACAAGGUGAAGGGCGGCGGCCUGAGAGAGCGUCUGUGUCAGGACGGCUUCUACUACGGCGGCGUGUCGUCAGCCGCCUGCGCUGCCUCACUAACGGCAUCCAAACCGAACAAACCCACUCAGAAGACUCUGGACAAGCUGUUUGUGAAGGGCUCGGCUCAGCUCGUCCAUCAGGCCAAGAGGCUGGCCGUGCAGUCCGGGGAAGUUUCAGGUUGUUCAAAUGAAUUUAAGAGCCUGCUGUCGAUGCCAACACCCGGAGCUCUGCAGCUGAAGAAGCACUUAACACAGGGCAGCCAGACAGUCUCUAAAGAGGCAGCUGGAGCUCCAGUUCAGUCCAUCUCAGCCUCAGACCUGUUGAAGCAGCAGAAGAGGAAGCAGCGGGAGCUUCUGCAGAACCGCCUGCGGAGGGCAGACGAGAUCCAGAAGAGGGUGCUGCAGAGCACACCUGGCCCCAGACCCGGGCCGUCGUCCUCACUGGGCCGGGGUGGUCUGACAUCCCCAAAAGCAGCGUCUGAGGUCCCCAAGGCCACCCAAAGCCCCGCCGCUCCACACGCCCCCACCCUCGGCCGAGGCUUCUCUGAGGGGGAAGACAUCCUCUUCUUUGAGAACUGCACGCCACCGGCGCCCACCCCGAGCGCUCUCAGUCUAUCAGCUGCCAAGCUGGCUGCUCUGAAGAAGUUGAGAGGCAAAGGGAUCGGUCUUGAGAAGGAAGACCCGAAUGCUGUGAAGAGGAAGAGGAGGAACAGCACUGAGAUCAAGGCCCGGGUGGAGAAGAAUCUCACCUCACCCACGGGUGAAUCGUCCAGUAACGAGGAAGAGGAACCGGCCCAGAAGAAAAAGCGAGAUCAACUUCUCUAUGUCCAGUCAGAGGAGUUUCAAAAGAUCCUCAAUGCCAAAUCUCGCCACGGGGCUGCGCUACAGGCGGCGGAGUAUCAACUGCAGGAGCAAUACUUUGACGCUCUGGUGAAGAAGGAGCAGAUGGAGGAGAAGAUGAAGGGCAUCAGAGAGAUGAAGUGCCGCGCUGUUACCUGUAGAAAGUGUCGCUACACCUACUUCAAGCCGGCGGAUCGCUGCGUGGAGCAGAAUCAUGACCUGCAGUGGCACGAUGCCGUGAAACGUUUCUUUAAAUGUCCGUGUGGUCAGAGAGCCAUCGCUCUAGACAGACUGCCCAACAAACAUUGCAGUAACUGCGGCCUGUUUAAAUGGGAGCGAGAUGGGAUGCUGAAGGAGAAAGCCGGACCAAAGAUUGGUGGAGAGCUCCUGCAGCCUCGAGGAGAGGAGCACGGCAAAUUCCUCAACAGCAUGAAGUGACAACACUAAACUGGUUGUUGAGGGAACGUGUACUUAGAUUUUUAUGUUUGUAUGAAUUAUGCUUUUAAAGUUGGUUGUUUGUUAUUGAUUAUGGAGAAUUGACUGUCCGUGAUAAUAUUGGAUAUGCUGGAAAUAAGAUGAUUAAAGCGAUCAUUUGCAACAUUUCAUGGCAAAUGUUUCUACUGGGGCUGUCGAAUACAACAGGGCCAUCAUUAAUUUUAUUAGAAACACCUGUGCUUUUCCUGCUAUGACAAGUCAAACAUGUCUGCUGUGGAAAAAUCCUUUCCUUUCAGUUAUGAACUUAAGCAUAAACCCAACUUCAUCUGUUUCUUUUCAAAUACUUCUUGCCUUUAAUGUACAGCAUGAAAACCAAAAUGAUCAUCAAGUGAGCAAUAAUGUGACCGCUCACUUGAAAAGAUGAAAAGUAAUCCAUGGAACUGUGGUGUCUCUUAAUUAGUUCCUGCUGUGCUGGAUGGUGUCUGAUAUUUAGAGUAAAUGGUCGACUUGGGUAGUUGUGGAGAUGAUGUAUAUACCCUCCUAAUCCAAAGCAGGUUGAGUUUGAGUAAAGGGCUGUGAUUAAAGCAGCAUUUUCAUGCCUCUCUUGCACAGGUAUUUGAAAGGUACCCUG